AUGAGUAAUACAACAUCAACAUCAACAUCAUCAACAACGGCUGAUAAUGAUCAGGACUUUGAAACACCUGAUGAUCUACCAGAGCAACAAAAGACUGCAAAGAGAUUGUUGGAUGUAGAGGAGGAGGAAGCAGAGGCAGAUCAAGAUCAGGAUGAAGAUAAGGAUAAGGCCCAAAGUGAGCCUGCUGCGCCACCCGCCCCUACUAUAACACCAUCAGCUCCAGGACCAACCUACAUCAUGACCUCUCCAAAGUCAUUCGCCAGCUCACCCAUAUUCAGUGGGUCUCACAGCGUUGCAGCAUCCACCCAUCACGACGAGGAGGAUGCCGAAGGACAUCCAACCUUUGGCGGACGUCGCUUCAUCUGUGAGAGUGGCAGUGAUAUCAGUGCUGGCGAGGAGCCACACCGUCCAGUGGUCAAGAGGAAGAGGAUGGUGCGCAAGGAGGGCAAGAUUUACGAUAUUCUCGAACAUCGCAUCGGCAGUGACGCACUCAAGAAGAUGAUCAAUGGUCCCAGUCUGACGUUUGAGUGGCCGCUGGAGCUGGUGUUGGUGAGACACGGACAGAGUGAGGGCAAUGAAGCCCAGUCUCGAUCCAAGCGUGGAGAUCUCAGCGCCUACACCGACGAGUUCAAGAAGAAGCAUUCAUCAUCCUACCGUCUCACGGACAAGGGUAUCAAGCAGGCCAAGAUCGCAGGCAAAUGGGUGCGCGAGAACGUCGCCCAGAACUUUGAUCGAUACUACACAAGUGAGUACGUCAGAGCCAUGGAGACAUCCAGUCUUCUCGGACUUGAAGAGGCACACUGGUUGACCGAGAUACAACUCCGAGAGCGUGACAAGGGUAAGAUGGACAAUAUCUCCUGGACCGAGAAGAAUGAGAGGUUCGAGCCCGAGAUGAAGCUUAGGAAGAGAGACAGUUUCUUCUGGAGACCUCCCGAGGGAGAGAGUAUCGCUCAGAUCUGUCAGAGAGUGGAGCAUACGUUCACGACACUGCGCAGGGAGUGCGCCAACAAGAGAGUGAUCAUUGUGUGUCAUGGUGAGAUUAUGUGGGCGUUCAGAGUCAGACUGGAGAGACUGAGCCAGAUCAGGUUCCAUCAGUUGCAGUCGUCCAAGGACCCAAGAGACCUGAUCCACAACACCUCCAUCCUGUGGUACACCAGAGUGCAUCCAAAGACUGGCGAGUUGUAUCCCUACUUCAAGUUCCUGCGACAGGUGUGUCCGUGGCGUCCAGAGUACUCGGCGCCAGGCUGGGUCGAGUUUGAUCGUCCCGUCUACACCAACGAGGAGUUGAUGCAGAGUGUCAGGACCGUGCCACGUUACGUCAACAACCUAGACAAUGAUGAAGAGUUGGUCACAAGCAACAAUGGAUCAAAGUAG